GCCAUGAGGAAUCAGACGCGGGUGACGGAAUUCAUCCUGCAGGGCUUCUCGGAAGGGCCACAGCUCCAUGUUCUCUACUUCAUCCUCUUCCUCUGCCUCUACGCCACGGCCCUCUGUGGCAACUGCCUCAUAAUUGUGGCCAUCGCCUUCAGCUCCAGGCUCCACACACCCAUGUACUUCUUCCUGGUCAACCUGUCUGUGCUGGACAUCAUCUGUGCAUGCACCGUGGUGCCCAAGCUGCUCGCGAUCCUGGUGGCAGAGAAGAGAAGCAUCUCCUACAGAGGCUGCAUGGCCCAGAUGUACUUCCUGUCGUGGUCAGUGGCCGGGGAGGUGCUGCUCUUCACCGCUAUGGCCUAUGACCGUUACGUGGCCAUCUGCCAGCCACUGCACUAUAGCUCCAUGAUGGGCCCCGGGGUGUGCGCCGUGCUGGCUGGAGCCGUGUGGGGCAUCAGCGUGCUAGGAGCUGGCGUCAAUGCCUGCCUGAUGUUGCGGCUGAACUUCUGCGGCCCCAACGUGAUUGAUCACUUCUUCUGUGAGAUCCCCCCUCUGCUGUUACUCUCCUGCUCCUCCACAUAUGUGAAUAACAUCAUGGCGGUCAUGGCCGACAUCUUCUUUGCCAUGCUGAACUUCCUGCUCACCAUGGUGUCCUAUGGCUUCAUCAUCGUCACCAUCCUGAAGAUUCGCACAGCCGAGGGGAAGCAGCGAGCCUUCUCUACCUGCUCCUCCCAUCUCACCGUGGUCACCUUGUACUACUCCACCAUCAUCUACACCUAUCUGAGCCCCGGCUCCAGCUACUCCCCCGGGAUGGGCAAGGUGAUGGCUGUACUCUAUUCCACGGUGAGCCCCACCUUGAACCCUCUCAUCUACAGCCUGAAGAACAAGGAUGUCAAGGCAGCCCUCAGGAAAGUCUUGAUACUCGUGGUCAAAAACCUGUAAAUUGGCAGUCUCUAAAGUUGUGUUCUUUGUUGUUCUCUGACCACUGACCCUUAUGAGAUG